AAUGCUCAUCUCUCUCUCUCUCUCUCUCUCUCUCUCUCUCUGCCUCUCUGCCUACCACCCUGUCUCCAGUCAGAAUUAGAGGAGCUUUUUUCUAAAUGCAUGCCGCUCUGAGGGGAUGCACAGGAACAUGAAUAUUGUGAUCUCAUCUGAAGAAAAUGAAGCGAAAAGCAUGCAGACGGUAAGGGUCAUCACAGAUAGCCAACUCCUAUCUGCCUCCCCAGGCCACACUUAGAGCUUUCACUGUUGGUUUGUGGUUAGAGUUCAAACUUGGCGUCAACAUCCAGCAGACCAGCAGCAGCAGAGGCGACAAUACAUACAUGAGAGCCGAGCCACAGAGAAAAUUAUGAAAAAGAUAUACAUUGGCAAAACUGCCCUCAAAACACAGAGAAACGGUUGCAAACAUCAGAAACGAAGCUCUCUCCACGACCACAAGGAUGACCUCCGUAAGCGUCUGUCGUACACCACCCACAAACUAGAUAUGGUGGAGACAGAGUUCGAUUCCACUCGGCAGUACCUCGAGACGGAGCUGCGCCGCGCACAGGAGGAACUGGAGAAAUUUACAGAGAAACUCCGCAGGAUCCAGAGCAGCUAUGCAGCUCUUCAGAGGAUCAACCAAGAUUUGGAAGACAAAAUGCACAGAACAUCCCAGCACCAUGAAGAGGAAAAGAGAGCCCUCAGCCGGGAAAUCAUCGUCCUCAACAACCACCUCAUGGAUGCGAAGAUCACAAUAAAUAAACUCACAGACGACAACGACUCGUACAGAAAAGACUGCAGCCUGGCCGCGGAGCUGCUGCAGUGCUCCAAGCCUCACUACCGAUCACACAAGCUGUCUGAGCUGCCAUUGGAUUUCCAGGAACGCAUCAGUUCCCACGUGGAGAAACACAAGUGGAGUAGCGAAGCCACCGGCGCGAUGCCCCACUCCAAUUACUCGGACGCCGUGCCCGCAGCCGUCAUUGCCAAAGUCCUGGCGAAGCCCGGACCUGGAAGCAGCUGCCCCGUGACGCGCUCACCCAGUCCGCAGCCCCGGGACAGGGUUUAUCACCCGGCGACAGGAAGCACCGACCAACUGAACCGCCGCAUCUCCUUCAAAACGUCUGACCUGUACUGCAGCGACACGGCCCUCUACUGCCCCGAGCGGUGGCAGGACACGGAGCGCCGGCAGAGCGUCGACCUCCACGACACCGGUUUGCUGCAGCCGCACUCGCAGAACUCCACCGACAGCAACCCGGACGAAGACGCCUACCAAUCCGGAAGCUUCUCCCACCACGAGCCCCCGUCGUCUUUCCGCCGCCGCGGCGACGACUUCGGCGCGGGCAGCCUCCCGCCCUCUAGCUCCUACUCCAGCUUCAGCCUGGCGUCGGACGACAAGGGAGGAGUCGGUGGCUGUGGGCGCAAUGCGGUUGGCACCUUGUCCUCGUCCCACCAGGGUCUCUACAUGGACUGGCGAGACGGUGGCGGUGCGGACUACGGUCGCAAGGGCGCGUCCUCCUACGAUAAGGAUGGCCCGAGCUUCCCAAAGUCCCUCAGCAUCCAGCAUAUUGUGACGCCCGGGAGCCCACAGAAGGGCCACUCGCCGGCGUACAAGAGGACAGCGUCGUGCUUCAGCGAGCCAUACCAUUCCAGCACCUCCCGCCUGGACUCCUCUCGCGGCAUGGGGCCCACAGUUGGACUGGGCCGGGCUCGCGGAGGGGCCCUGGACAGCCGGGGCGACGUCCGGGUCCCCGAGGACGACCUGAGCAACCGCUGGAGACGGCUGAGCGUGGAGGACAUCAACGCCUUCUCGUCUUCCUACGGGGACGUCGCUGGGCGGGUCUCCCCGUACAGUUUCUCAGAGCGCCACUGCGCCAUGGGGCCUUCCAGCAAGGACAAGGGGCCCCUCUACGGCAGCUUUCCAGACGGAGACGACGUCUUCCGCGGCCGUGUGCUGGAGCACUGCUUUGCCGCGGGUCCCCCGUCGCCCAGCCGCAGCCAGAAACCAGCGGAGCAUCGCAAGCCGGAGAAAACGCCGGCGCUGUACAGAGCCAAGGAGGACAGUCAGGACUCGGAGUGCAGUUUGUUUCUCUCGGACAGUUCCAAAGAGAAGGAGACUGGCGGAGGGGCGGCAGGCGGUGGCCAAAAGGACUACGCAAACCGGAGUGCAGACAGCUCGGCGGAGUCCUUACACCAAAGCUCCCUGGAGGCUUCGAGCCUUCAACACUACCCCAGCCCCAGGCCAAGCGUCCGACCUCGGCCGAGCUCCAGCUCCGCGCUCAGCGUCGGCCCGGCGCUCCCAAAGAAGUCCUCUCCGAGGUACCAGAAAUUUGGUAGCACGGGAUUGACGAGAAAGGACAGUUUGACCAAGGCACAGCUCUAUGGGACACUGCUGAACUGACCAGAGAGAGAGAGAGAGAGACCUUUUCCCUUUUAUGCAUGAUGACGAUGACGAACUUGCUGUACUGUAUGUGUCAAAAGAUCAAUGCACCAAACACAUACGUGACGUGACUGGGUAUUAAGAUGUUUUAUGCAUAUUUCAGCCAAGGCACGUUUCACGCAGUCUGCAACACCUUUUCUAUUGUGUCAGGAUACCGCGUAGCUACCGGACACCAGCUGUUCACUAUGUUUUUGUUGGAUUAUUAGAGCCGGUGGGACGAGAGGAACGAACUACAAUAUAGACCGAGAUACAUGAAAAUACUGUGCAAUUAGCUCUCUUUUUUUAAGUACUGUUAGUAAAACCAGCAAGACACCAUCAAUUCUGCUCUAGUAUACAGAGUUCAGACAAAGGACUGGAGCGGGGACAUUUUGGGGUUAUGUUUGGUGGACUGCAAACUGUUAAAAAUAUAUAUUCACUCUGUUUUGUCUUAAACAAUAUGCAUGCUGUAUAAUGCUGAAAUACGAUGGAAAAAACUAAUUUCCAGUUGAAUUAUUUAUCAUUGCGACAUUAUCUUUAAUUGCCACAAACUAAAAAGGAUUUUUUAUUGCCACUUUCAAACUGGCAAGAAAAAUAUUUUAUGGGAAAGCUAUGUAAUAUUUUUAGCAUUACACUCAAUUUAAAUGGAUGGAGUUCCUCCCUGACGCUAAAUUUCUCACUUGUUUAUUGGAAACUUAAAAUCCCUAUAUAAAAAAUUAAAACACAAUGCCAGGUAACCAAAAAAAAUACUUUUUGCUGGAGUUUUUCUUAUUUUUGUAUCAAAAUGAAGCUGCACAAUAGUAAUCCUCAUACAAAGAGAAAAUGGCCUUAAUCCUGUUCAGUGGACAGAAUGGAUUCCUUUAUAACAACUGCGUACAUACUGUAUAACCUGAUGUGUUGUCAUACGUCUACCCUGCUGUUACAGCUUUGGACAGAGCACUCACGAGGCCAGUUUUUUGGAAGAGGAUUACGUCCGUUCUGAGACACGGGAUCUUUUUCAGAUGGAGAUCUCCAUUGAAAUGUUUUUUUUUUAGGAAAAUGCGAAGGGAAGCUUUGUCCCUGUCUGAUAAUCUGACCCACGCAGCCAAAUUCUACCGCAACACAAACUCUUGAAAACUGAUAAGAGACCAAAACUAGUGAGUGCUGGAUCUUCUCCAGGAGAAGAUUAAUCGGAAACAUUCUCCCGACAAACUGGUAGAACUGAACUUCUGUACUGAGAAAAAACUGUUUUUUGUUGUCAAACCAGCAUGCUAAACGCGUCUAUUUUAAAAGAAAACACUGUGAUAAUAGACAAAGUGUAGGUUCACGAGACCAUAGAAAGUGGCAGAGACACGAUGUCCGAUUGGGGCAAAUUUAAGACCAUGAUAAUGAGCCUUAUGUUAAAGACAGAAUAGCAGAGUUGGUGCUGCUGCCUCACAACCACCAUCUGCUCCAGGUAGUAGCUUAGAGGGACAAAAAGACAACGUCACGGUGUCUUGGAAGGAUUUCUUCCUGCCAGCGUAGCUCUAUAGACCUGUGAGCAACGGGGAAAGGGAUACGCUAAAUACUCAGAACUCAUCUUUGGCCUUGAGCAGUUGUGUAUAGAUUUUUCUGGAAGGCCAUGCCUCUACCUCUACUAUUCCUGCAGAUUCGGGAAGUGGCUUAAGAGUUUUUUUUUUU